UUUUCCAAGCUUUCGACUUUGCAUCUGUUUUCCGACUCUUUCGUGGUGCAAUACUCUGCCCGAUCUUUCAUCUAUUCUUAGAAUGUUCGGCGAACUCAACGGAAAGAGGAGAAGGCAACGGCCUUUGAUCGAUGAGUUGUUGGGGAUAUCGUGGAAAUGCCUGUCCCUUUUGGUACGUUCUAGGGUUUGUUUUGAAGACAUGUUGGUUGGAGCGAUUUAUGUCGAUUGCUUUGAUUCUCCUGUUUGGAUCCUUCGAUUCGUCGUAUUGGCGUGCUAAAAUUGGGAUUUUGGCGACUUCUGUGCAGUGUUUUGAUUUGAUGUUGAGGCAUUUGGUGGCAAAGUUUCUAUCUUUAGCGGGGUUUCCCGGAAGGAACAGUAUUUGUUACCGAUUUUGAUUAGGUCUGGCACCGUUGGAGGAUCUUGCUCGAUUCGGAACUAUCGACGUAUAUUUAUUCGCUAUCGAGAUUUGGAGCUGACACAUUCGUCGCGGCCGAUAUUUAUAAGGGAGAAUCUUUUCUUGAGGUUUAGCUUGCUGGAUAUCACCUUUGUUCGGGUUGCUUGAGAGGCGAAAGUUCCAUUUUGUGCAAAUAGUAUUACUGCUUGCGAGGUCUCCUUGAAUCAUUCUUCGAUAUCAGAGUACGUUUUUAAUGGUUUGGAAAGAUUCCAUGGCAGCCAGUACAGAAUUUCCACCCCCAAUGGUGAUGCUGGAUGGCAAGUACGGAAGCAAGGAGAACGGUUCUUUGAUUGUUGGUGGCAGUGAAGAUCUCAAUACUUCGGAGGGCAGGAAGGAUGUGAAAGUUGGGAAACCUCCUCGGCACCUCUCUGUUUUUCGACAUACCGUCGGCCUGGUCGGUCUGGACUUGAAUCUGGGGACCCUUGGCUUGAUUUGUCCACAGGAAGGCCAGAGUGCCUUCCUGCCUGUGUUCCGGUCAGGCAGCUGCUCGGAGAUUGGGCCAAAGCCAUACAUGGAGGACGAGCAUAUCUGCAUAGAUAAUCUAGUCAAGCAUCUUGGAGCUUCUGUCAAUUGCCCAUCACCUGGUGCUUUUUAUGGAGUUUUUGAUGGACAUGGUGGCAAAGAUGCAGCAUGUUUUGUUCGUAAUAACAUCCUCAAAUUUAUAACCGAGGACAAUCGUUUCCCUGUCAGUGCGAAGAAGGCCAUGAAGAGUGCAUUUACCAAAGCUGAUUAUGCUUUUGCUGAUUCUGUCUCACUUGAUCGAUUCUCUGGAACGACAGCACUUACUGCUCUUAUUUUAGGAAGGUCACUGCUAAUUGCUAAUGCAGGUGAUUGCCGAGCUGUACUAGGGAAGCGUGGCCGAGCUAUGGAACUUUCGAGAGACCAUAAACCUAGCUGCAGUGUGGAACGGCUUAGAAUUGAGAAGCUUGGCGGUAGUGUCUAUGAUGGAUAUCUCAAUGGUCAACUAUCGGUAGCAAGGGCUAUUGGUGACUGGCACAUGAAGGGCUCAAAAGAUUCUGCUUGCCCGUUGAUCGCCGAACCAGAGUUGCAGGAGACACUUCUCACAGAAGAAGACGAGUUUUUGAUACUGGGCUGUGACGGCCUUUGGGAUGUCAUGAGCAGUCAGUGUGCAGUGACGAUAGCGAGGAAGGAGCUCAUGGCUCACAAUGAUCCGGAGAGGUGCUCAAGGGAACUCGUGCAAGAAGCACUGAAGCGAAACACUUGCGACAAUCUAACUGUGGUGGUCGUCUGCUUUUCUCCAGAUCCACCUCCUCGCAUUGAGAUCCCGAGACCUCGAGUUCGGAGGAGUAUCUCUAUGGAAGGUUUGCAUCUCCUACAGGGAGCCCUGGACAGCAAUAUGUAAUGUUAAAGCUUUUAAUCCUCCAUUUAUCUAUUCUUCUGCCUGUAAAGGAUGGACAUCGAAAUCAUGUCCACUUGUGUAUGUUCAGUGAGGUUGUAGGUAAAUUUUGUAGACUACUUUGAUGUGUUCUGAUGAAGAACAUUUGAUGAAUCUGGAAAUUAAUCAAGCAUCUGUUCUGAACCA